CUCGAAUGUGACUGCGGUGUGGGAGCAGAGCGGAGGAUGCGGACAAAAGAGCAACCAGCCGGUGCUAUUUAUAAAGAAAACCAAAGGAAAAUACACUACGCCAGCUAACCAGCGUUGAGGAACACUGUUUAUCAGCGGGUACUUCGUUUCCACAGAGACGAGAAGGGUCUUUAAAACUUACAGGACACCAUGGAAACGGCUGUAUUGAACCUGCACAGCUUAUUUGAUCAGCUGAGGUCACAAAUUGACAUCCUCAAUGAGGGCGUUGAACCCCAGUUCAUUCAGAUGGCACUCAACUUUGAUGACUGUCGCCGAAAAUGGCUGAGGCUUGAGCAGGAGCUGGGCUCUUGCAAGGAGGUUCUCGCCAAAGCAGAGACUGAGAAGGGAGCCUUGGAGGUCAAACUCAAGCAUGCCCGCAACCAAGUGGAUGUGGAGAUCCGGCGGCGCCAGAAGGCUGAGGCUGAUUGUGAGAAGUUGGAUCGUCAAAUCCAGUUGAUCCGGGAGCUCCUGGUCAGUGAGGGAUCCACCAACAGCAUCCAGCUGAAUGAGGAGCAGCGGUCAGCUCUGGCCUUCCUCAACGCACGAUCCCAGGGGCCAUCUAACUUGAAUGCCAGCCGACGACUGGCGCCCAUAGAUGAGUCUGCCUCCAUCUUGUCAGACAUCAGCUAUGACAAAUCUGAUGACUCUCUUGACUGGGACUCCUCUGUUGUGAGGACAGUGCGACUCAAGAGGCGAGAAAAGAGGCGCUCAUCUAGAAAUCAUACCGAUGGUCCUCCAAUUGCCUCCAAAAAGUCUCGAUCAACAGGCAGGACCUCCGAGAGGGGAAAUGAGUCCAUUGUGGCCAAGACCACAGUGACGGUUCCUGCAGAUGGAGGGCCUGUUGAGGCAGUGUCGACAAUUGAGAGUGUUCCCUAUUGGACUCGCAGCAGGAGAAAGACUGCUGCUUUGGAGUGGGACUCCGAGUCUGUCAAGUCUGACUAUGUCUUCAAACAGCCUGACAAGCCCGAGCGAGAGAUAAGAGCGGAGCCCAGCACUCCACAGAGCAACGGCGGCGUCCGCCUUCAUGAGUUUGUCUCCAAAACUGUCAUUAAGCCAGAGUCCUGUGUGCCCUGCGGAAAGAGGAUCAAAUUUGGGAAGAUCUCUCUGAAGUGUCGUGACUGCAGAGUGGUCACGCACCCCGAGUGCCGUGAGCGUUGUCCCCUGCCGUGCAUCCCCAACUUUGUUGGCACACCUGUCAAAAUCGGGGAGGGCACGCUCGCAGACUAUGUCUCAGUCACAUCACCCAUGAUUCCUCCCCUUGUGGUCCACUGCAUCAACGAGAUUGAGCAAAGGGGCCUGCAUGAGACCGGCCUGUACCGCUUGUCUGGUGCCGAGCGCACCGUGAAGGAGCUGAAGGAGAAGUUCCUGCGUGGUAAGACCAUUCCUCUGCUCAGCAAGGUGGACGACAUCCACGCCAUCACCGGCCUGCUCAAGGACUUCCUGAGGAAUCUCAAGGAGCCCCUGCUCACUUUCCGCCUCAACCGGGCCUUUAUGGACGCAGCGGAGAUUUCCGAUGAAGACAACAGCAUCGCUCUAAUGUACCAAACCAUCAGUGACCUGCCACAGGCCAACAGGGACACACUGGCUUUCUUAGCCCUUCACCUCCAGAGAGUUGCUCACAGCACAGACACCAAGAUGGAUAUCAGCAACCUGGCUCGAGUGUUUGGCCCGACCAUCGUGGGGCAUGCAGUUCCCAACCCUGAACCAAUGACAAUCCUGCAGGACACCAAACGGCAGCCUAAGGUUGUUGAGCGUCUGCUGGUUCUGCCUGCGGAUUACUGGCGCCAGUUUGUGAUGGUGGAAAAUGAGCCGCCAAACUCUGAUCACAUGAUCAUCGAGAAUGCAAACUGCUAUGCCACCCCUGAUAUGAAAAGCAAGGGACAAAACCAACUGGGGGUGAGCAUUCUGGGACCUCUUACCACUCCUGAGCACCAGCUUAGCAAAACCCCCUCGUCCAGCUCACUGUCUCAGCGCAUGAAGUCCACCCUGACACCCAGAUUUGGGAGCAAGAGCAAAUCAGAAUUGGGAUUUUCUCGCCAAGGAAACUUCUUUGCAUCUCCACUCCUGAAGUAAUUCAUGGUAGCCUCGGAGCACUUCAGCCUCUUUAUUUACACUGCAAUACCAAACAAUAAAAUGUUAUGGCACAAAGUAUGGUACAGCUUCUGUAUUAGCUAUAAGCACAUCCAUUUUAUGCUCCCUUUCUAUACAUUUGUUUUAAUAUUUCAAAAUGGUAAGAUUUGUAUUUUGAUGUUUUUAAGUGUUUGUAAGAGGAUUAUUUUUCUAACCAUGUGGUAGGUUUUUAAUCUAUGCGCACAGUUGGUGGAGUUUAAUAGCUGAGGCUUUUGCCUCGUCUAAUGUGGCAUUCUCAUUUAACAUCAUAACAUUACGAUGUUGUGCAUUACUUUGUUUGAGAAAUUUGGGCGCAGGUUAAAAAAAUGUCCAUGACUGAAGCUGACAUGCUCACAAAGAUAGGUUUGGAAUUUAAUUUGACAGCUUUUCAACUCAUGUAUCACUCAGAGGUUGAAGAAUUGACUCUUGAGGUUUUCUUUCUGGACCUUAGUUUCACACCCAAGACAGCAUGUAGUCAUCACGUAGUUUUCAUGUUUGUAUUUUUUUGUGUGUGUUUGAAUGCAAUGUGAUCCAUGACAAAUGUACUGAUCUAUGGAAUAUUAAUUGACUGUCUCCACCCCUGGUGAAUUAUACUGUACAUUUACAUUCACAAUUCCCAUUUUCCUUUCAUGCCACGUAAAGGUGCACUACGUAAAAAUCCCAUGCAGUCAACCAAAGUGCCUUUUACACUCGGCUGACAAAAAUAUGGUUUAAGCAUGUACCAUCUAUUGGAGCCAGUCUGAUGGGAGUCAUGUAGAUGAAUUACAUGCUUACUCCACAUGUUUUUAUCGGUAGAGUCUAAAAGGUACUCACUUCAGUCAAGCUGCACUUGCCUAGUGCACCUUUUUACUGCAAAAUGUAGUUGUGCAAAUGAAGCAAUAGGACCUCAGGUCAUAGCUCCCGUAUUAGCUAGAUCAUCUUUGUAAUCAUCUAUGCAAGGCAAGCAUGAUUGGAUGUGAUAUUAUUUGUAGUUCCCAGUGUCUUGAAAAUGGCACAAAACAAUUACAAUUAUCUUUUUCAUAGUGAGUGUUGAAUGUUCUGCACUCAGAGUGGUCCUAAUCAAGUGUUCAUUGUUGGAUUGUUUUGCUCCUUGACAGACUUUAUUCCACUCAGUAAUGUAUAGUGGGAGGCUUAUUAGACAGCAAUACUUUGCAUAAGGCAAUUACUUUUAAGAAAAUACGCCAGUUCAGAAAUUGUGGCAUUUUGUGAUUUAACCAGUAGGACUCAUUUUGUACAUGAAUACACUUUGUAUACAAUUAAUGCAAUUUGUAAAAUACAAUUCUCACCUUUACCAAAAUGUCUUAUGUGUCUGUUUCUUGUGAAAUGAUCUGGUUUCUUUCCUUCCUAUGAUUUCAUCAGUGCUGUUUUCUAUGAGCUGAAGGGCAACUUAAGUUUAUGAAAUCCAGAUGUUCAACAUUCACUUAAGACUCCUUUGACCUCC